AUGCUGCUGCUGCUGCACCUGCUGCCUGCCAUGCUGCCCAGCGCCGCCCUGGCCAGCUGCACCGCGGCCGGCCCCGACCGGCAGCUCGUCCUGGCCAAGGUGCGGGCCCGGGUGCUGGAACACCUGAGCCCCCCCCUGCUCCAGGAGGAGCCGCAGAUGGAAGCCAGGAGGGUGCACCGGAGAGACGUCCUUGAAAGCACCGAAGUGGAGCCAGAGGAGCUGGAGGACACCUCCCAGGUGAUCUUGUUCCCUGCCACAGAUGUUCCCUGUGAGCCCACACAGCCAGACAAGCUGCUGGAGGAAGAAGGGAUUUUCACCUACCUCUUCCAGCCCUCGGCACACACCCUGAGCCGUGUGGUGACUUCUGCCCAGCUCUGGUUUUACACGGGCCCCUCGGCCGCCCCCAACCACUCCACCCCUGACGUGCUGACCCUGUCACCUCAGGGCCGGGUGCCGGUGCCGGCCAUGGUGGAGCGGACGCCCGAGCACUGGACCGUGUUUCACCUGGCCCCGGUGCUGCUGCCCCAGCUCUGGCAGCCACUCUUCGUGCUCCUGGUGCGCUGCCCUGGCUGCCCCUGCCUGGCUGAUGGGGACAAGAUGCCUUUCCUGGUGGCCACCACCCGGGCCAAGGGCAGCGAGAGGGCUCGUCGCUCUGCCAUGCCCUGGUCCCCAGCCGCCCUGAGCCUGCUGCAGCGUCCAUCCGAGGAGCUUGCUGCCCACACCAACUGCCGCCGGGCUUCCCUCAACAUCUCCUUCGAGGAGCUGGGCUGGGACAAGUGGAUCGUGCAUCCCAGCAGCUUUGUGUUCCACUACUGCCACGGGAGCUGCGCCGCGGGCCACGGGCUGAGCCACCGGCUGGGCGUGCAGCUGUGCUGCGCCGCCCUGCCCGGCACCAUGCGCUCCCUGCGCGUCCGCACCACCUCCGACGGCGGAUACUCCUUCAAGUACGAGACGGUGCCCAACAUCCUGGCCCAGGACUGCACCUGUGUCUAGGGCACCCUGCAGCCCAGCCCCGGACCGUGAGCCCACCCAGGAGGAGUUGCUUGCCCAGUGGAACCCUGGCCGCUGGGAUGGGGCAGUUUGGCUGUACCACCCUCCCUUGCACACGCCGGAUUUUUGGGCUGGCCCUGGUACCAUCACACUGGCAGACUUGGCCUAGGGCCAGUCACAGCUCAGAGCAAAUCAGGUCAUGGCUGGGCAUAGAUAGGCACAGCCUAUGGCAAAGGCAUCGCUGCCCUGCCAAAGCCAGGCUGCCGUCUGCAACCAGAUUAGCCCUCAUCUCUCCCACCUGCUUCCCUCCUGCAGUUCUGCACCUCCACAAAGAUCAGUGUCUUCCUCCUGCUGCAGAGUUCAACAGCAUCCCCCGUGCUCCAGGCAGGGCCAGGCUGCUGCAGCAGGAUCAGGAGGUGCCUGGGUGAGCCCAUGAACCUCACACUGGUGGGCAGGGUGGUAGCACACAUGGCACCACAAGUGAGCCCUCUUCCAGCAGCACAGUUUGUUGGAAAGCUUCAUGGGAUGAGUAAAAUAAACCUGUUCCCUUUACUAAA